AUGGAGUUCAUGGUUGAUUCUGGAGACCAAGUUUGCCAAGCGCAUGGGUACCUGUAUUCAUCACUGUUUGAUCAGUACGAAUUUCAUCCGCCAGAGAACUGGCUCCAGUUCGAGCAGCGGCGUCUGCCGCAUGACGCAACAUUAGAUACUGACGAAACUCUUCAACCUUGUGUCACAUUUGACAUUCAUCUUGAGAGCCUCUUCAAAGUUCUCCAAGUUUUCCUCUUUCGCAAGAAGUCUCCAGGUAAUGAGGAUACCGUUAUGAUCAUGGACUUUCCGCACCUUGGUGGUCCUAUGGGACUUCGCAUGUCGCAUGGGACUUGGGAUAUGUCGUUUCACCUACGCACAUAUGAUGCGCCCUUUAAGCAUGAAAUGGAUUUCGACUCUGCCCACACCGCUGCACAGGUCAUUGUGGACUCUCAACAGCUCUGUCCUUUACUGAAUGAAAUCUACAAGAAUGGUGAGAAGGCUAUGCGGAUGGAAUUCUAUCCAGCUGCCUCUCGGGCUCAGGGUGAUUUCCUGUUUUGCACAGAAAACAGCCAUGGAACGACUGAAAUCGUCUUUCCUAACAAAGACGCUGUAACUGAAAAGUACAUGUGUGAUGAGCCUGUUGUGCAGAGCUACGCACUCAAAGGUAUCGAGCACAUGCUCGCCGCUUUGACUGUCUCUGACAAGACAUCGAUCCGUAUUGACGAGGUAGGGAUGCUGAGUGUCCAGUUCAAGCUUCCACUUGUGUGUCGCCAGGAUGUAGAUGCGUCGCAAUUCCACUGGCACCAUGGCUUCAUCGAAUUUUUGUGCUGCCCACUAGUGGCGUCCACAUGA